UACAACGGGUCGUUGUGAAUUAAUGAAAAUUAUUUUAUAACAUUAAAACGAGUGGAACGCAAGAAAUGUGACGUGACACAAACAAAAAAAAAUCUAUAAACUUUGUCAGCUGUGAAUUGCUUUGUUUAUCUAAUUCUACUUAACUUAUUUUAUUUGUUUCUAUGUUUUGCUUUUGUUUAAAAUUAUUUUAGUUGUAAAUUUGAAUUCAAAGCCUUAAAUAAACAAGAACAGGAAAUUUCAUUAUGUUCACAAGCAAAAAUCGUAUAUACACAUUAACACUAUUAACGCUUGCACUGUGGGCUCAAUCGUGCACUUCUAGCAAUAUACUUGGUCUAUUCCCACACUUCGGUUACAGUCACUUCAAAGUAUUCUAUCCAAUAUUACAGAAUUUGGCGGAACGCGGUCACAAUGUCACUGUGAUUACGUACAUUAAGAAUCCGGACCCACAUCCAAACUAUGAGGAAUUUAUAAUCACAGGCAAGGAAACACACGAUGUCAUAACAUUGGACAUGUUUACGCCAGCACGUAACUUGAAAAUACUCUUUCAUGAAUAUUAUUUGCUACAUGCUGAGGGGCAGGAGUCGUGUGAUAAGUUUUAUAAGAGCGGCUAUGUUGAUAAGAUACUUGCGCGUCAUGCACGUGUACCCUACGAUCUGGUUAUAAUGGAAAAUUUCAAUACAGAUUGUUACUUCGGUGUGCCAUACUUGUUGCAAGUGCCUGUUGUGGGUGUAAGUAGUUGUGCGCUUAUGCCUUGGUACUACGAUCGCAUUGCGUUGCCAGAUAUACCAUCUUAUGUGCAAUCUGAAUUUAUUGGCUUUCCGGAAACACUCAAUUGGCAACAACGUCUUACGAACUUUAUACAGGCAAAAGGUUUAAGAACGUUGUACCGUUUUUACACAAACUACCUUGACAGCAAAGUUAUUAAAAAGUAUUUACAAAUUGAUGUUGACGUUAAUGAAAUCGCUAAAAGUCUCACUAGUUUGAUUUUUGUAAAUCAACAUUAUUCAUUAAGCGGUAAUAGGCCAAUCACACCGCAACUUAUCCAGAUGGGUGGCGUACAUAUAAAUGAGAAGCACAUUAAUGACACAUUACCCAAAGAUAUAACAAAUUUUCUGGAUAAAAUUGAUGAAUCUGCCACAAAGGGAGUUUUAUUUAUAAGUUGGGGCUCAAUGAUACGGUCUUCAAGCUUAGAUCGAAAACUUAUCAACACUAUACUAAAAGUUUUAAAAAAAUUUCCAUUAAAAGUUAUUUGGAAGUGGGAAACAGAUGAGAAGCCAACAAACAGUGAACAAAUCUUGUUUGUAAAAUGGGCACCACAAUUCAAUUUAUUAUGUCACCCUAAGGUAAAAUAUUUUUGGGGUCAUGGUGGUCUACUUGGCACAACCGAGGCUGUGUAUUGUGGUAAACCUUUGAUUGUAACACCCAUAUAUGGCGAUCAAUUUACGAAUGCAAAUGCAGUGGAAAAUCGCAAAGUAGGCGUGAUAAUGGAUUACAAUGACAUUGAUGAGAAUCGCCUUGUAAACACAAUACAAGAAAUAAUGCGCACAAGAUAUACUGAAAAUGCAUUAGCACUUUCGAAAAUAUUUCGAAAUCGCGAAAAAACUCCAAUAGAAACCACAACUUGGUGGAUUGAGCAUUUAUUACAAAAUGGAAAAAUAGCCAGUGAACUUUUGCAUAAUAAGGCCGUUCAUCUUAAUUGGUUUGUUUAUCACUCUCUGGACAGUGCACUGAUUUUACUUCUAGGAACUAUAUUAUUCUUAAUAUUUAUAUGUCGUCUAGUCAAAAUUGCGAAUUUGGCGUGGAAACGUCGUUUAACUCAUAAAAUUAAACAAAAUUAGUGAUUUUAAGUGUAUUAAAAAAGUUAGU